AUGGCGUCUCAUCUUGCUGAGUCCCAGGUUGCACAGACAAUCCAUGAGAAAGCGAAACAUGCAGACCACAGCGAGUUCCCAGUCGAUUUGAGGCAAGCCAGCCAUGCCAUCGAACUCGCCGAAAAUGUGGCCAGUGCAAAGUACAACCCGCUCAGCCCUGCUUUACUGAGACUAUACCUGUGUUUAAUCAUCCCCUACCUAGGAGGCUGUCUUAACGGGUACGAUGGGUCUCUCAUGGGGGGUCUGAACGCUAUGUCUACCUAUCAACAAUAUUUCCACAUGAAGAGUGCUGGCUCAAGUACUGGCCUGGUCUUUGCGAUGUACAACAUUGGAUCCAUCCCAGCCGUUUUCUUUACUGGUCCUGUCAACGAUUACUUUGGUCGACGCAUUGGCAUGUUCACUGGCGCCGUAAUUAUCAUUCUGGGGACAUGUAUUCAGGCACCUUCGACCAACCGAGGCAUGUUCCUCGCUGGACGGUUCAUUCUGGGCUUUGGAGUGUCUUUCUGUUGUGUGUCAUCACCAUGUUUCGUCUCGGAAAUUGCUCAUCCUCAGUGGCGUGGGACCAUAACAGGAUUGUAUAACUGCACCUGGUACAUUGGGUCGAUCGUUGCAAGCUGGGUUGUCUAUGGAUCAUCCAAGAUUUCGAGUACAUAUGGUUUCCGGGUCCCCAUCUGGGGCCAGCUUUUCUCUUCAGUCAUAGUGGCAGUUGGAGUUUGGUUCCUGCCAGAGUCUCCACGAUGGCUGAUGGCUCAAGAUAGAGAGGAUGAGGCGCGUAAGGUCCUGGCGAAAUACCAUGGCGAGGGUGAUGAAAAUCACCCCAUGGUUGUCCUUGAGAUACAGGAGAUGCGCCAGCAGAUCAAGACCGAUGCUUCUGACAAGAAAUGGUGGGACUACCGUGAUCUUUACAACCGCCAUUCUGCACGGCGUCGACUCAUCUGCGUUUUGGGCAUGGCCUGUUUCGGACAGCUAAGUGGUAACUCGGUGACGUCUUACUACCUGCCUGUCAUGCUUGAAAAUGCAGGAAUCACAUCAGAGAAUACCCAACUCAUUCUCAAUGCCGUUUAUCCAGUCAUAUGCUUUUUCGCAGCCAUUACCGGAGCGCGGCUCACAGACCCUAUUGGCCGCCGUCCUCUGCUACUCUACACCACUAUCGCGUGUUCCAUCUGCUUUGCGAUUGUCACUGGAACAAGUAAACUCGCCACAGACAACCCUGACAAUGACAGUGCGGCAAACGCGACCAUCUUUGUUAUCUAUCUUUUCGGAGCUCUCUUCUCCUUUGGCUGGACACCGCUUCAGUCCAUGUACAUUGCUGAGACACUUGACACUGCAACUCGUGCCAAGGGUACCGCGGUUGGCAACCUAGCAUCAUCGAUCAGUAGCACCGUCAUCCAAUACUCCUCCGGACCAGCAUUUGAGAACAUCAAAUAUUAUUUCUAUCUCGUCUUCGUCUUCUGGGACUUGAUCGAGGUUACGGUUAUGUACUUCUUCUUCCCAGAGACGAAGGAACGAACGUUGGAGGAGUUGGCCGAAGUAUUCGAGGCGCCAAACCCGGUCAAGAAAUCGCUCGAGAAGAGAAAUGCUGCCACAGUUCUAAACACAUUGGACGUGCAUACCGAAAAACAUGUCACGGGAGUGGAGGCCAAUGCUUGA